CCGCGGCGGGGCUGCUCCGCUCCGCUCCGCUCCGCGCCCUGCCCCGCCCUGCUCCCCUGCCCCGCCGGCGAGCGGCGAGCCCGCGGCCGCGGCUCCGCCCUGCCCUUCUGGCGGUCCCCGCGCCCUCGCUGCGGACGGGGGUGGCCAGCGACGAGGGCAAACUUGGCCGGGAGCUCCCGUCCGCCGAGGCAGCAGCGGGCUCAGGGGCUGCGGCCGCCGGCCCCGCCGCCUGCCCGGCCGGCGGAGCGCACAAAGUUUGCCGGCAGGAGGCCGGGCCGGGCCGGCCGGCGGGCGCUGGGCCGGCGGGCGCUGCCGCAGUGUGCGCGCCGAGCCGGCUCCGCUCCCGCCGCCCUCGCUGCGAUGUGAGCCGCGGGUUCGGCGUCGGCUGCCGAAGGCUCUAGUUGUUACAUGCGCCCGGUAAUCCGCAAAAUGGAUUUUAGUCAUAGCAGUCUUUUUGGAUACAUAGAAGACCUGCAGGAACUAACUAUUAUAGAGCGGCCAGUACGCAGGAGCCUGAAGACGCCAGAAGAAAUAGAAAGAUUGACAGUUGAUGAAGAACUCAGUGAUAUUGAAAGGGCUGUUUAUCUACUCAGUUCUGGUCAGGAUGUCCAAGGAACAAGUGUGGUGGCAAAUCUUCCAGUCCUUAUGCGACAGAAUCCUGCAGAAACACUUCGUCGGGUUUUACCAAAAAUCAGAGAGGUUCUGCAUGUUGCAGGAGUGGAAAUGCAGUUAACAGCUGCUGUUUCUUUUUUGACUGUUCUGCAAGAGGAGUCGGUGUCCAUUCAUACGUACUCCCACUCCUUCCUACACAUCAUUCUCCAGAACCUGGAACACAGAGAUGCAGGUGUCAGCAAUGCAUGGUUAGAAACUCUUCUUGCUGUAAUAGAAGCUUUACCAAAAGAGACUGUCAGACAUGAGAUCCUGAAUCCACUUGUUUCUAAAGCACAGCUUUCUCAAACACUUCAGUCCCGCUUAGUUAGUUGUAAAAUCAUGGGAAAAGUAGCUAACAAAUUUGAAGCUCAUAUUAUCAAAAGAGAGGUUCUUCCAUUGGUAAAAUCACUGUGCCAGGAUGUGGAAUAUGAAGUUAGAACUUGCAUGUGUCGGCAGCUGGAACACGUAGCUCGAGGAAUAGGGACAGAACUAACAAAAACUGUGGUGCUUCCUGAGUUAGUGGAACUGGCAAGAGAUGAGGGCAGCAGUGUACGCCUGGCAGCUUUUGAGACCUUAGUGAAUCUGCUUGAUAUGUUUGAUGCAGAUGAUCGGAGUCAAACUGUUCUCCCGUUAGUGAAAUCGUUCUGUGAAAAAUCAUUCAAAGCAGAUGAAUCUAUCCUAGUUUCUUUAUCUUUCCAUUUAGGGAAACUGUGUAAUGGAUUAUAUGGCAUUUUUACUCCUGAACAGCACUUGCGGUUUUUGGAAUUUUAUAAGAAGCUUUCCACACUGGGUUUACAGCAGGAAAAUGGGCACAAUGAUAAUCAACUACAUCUGCAAACUCUGGAACAGGAAAAGAAGUAUAUUUCAGUGAGGAAGAACUGUGCUUACAAUUUUCCAGCCAUGAUUGUUUUUGUGGAUCCAAAGAACUUCCAUUUAGAACUUUAUUCUAUAUUCUUCUGCCUUUGCCAUGACCCUGAAGUUCCUGUCAGGUAUACCAUGGCCAUAAGCUUCUUAGAAGUUGCUAAGCUUUUAAAUUCUGAUGUGUAUACAAUACAUAAAGAACUGGUUACGCUAUUACAGGAUGAGUCACUGGAGGUGUUAGAUGCCCUAGUAGGUCACCUUCCUGAAAUCCUUGAACUAAUGACUAAUGGAGGAGAAAACAAUGGAUCAGAAAGCAAGUUACUCUCUAUUCCUGACUUGAUUCCUGCAUUAACAACAGCAGAACAGAGAGCAGCAACUUCUUUAAAAUGGAGAACACAUGAGAAGUUACUACAAAAAUAUGCAUGUCUCCCUCAUAUCAUAUCAAGUGAUCAGAUCUAUUACCGUUUUCUUCACAGGAUGUUGACAAUCAUUUUGACAAAUAAUGUCCUGCCAGUCCAAAAAGCAGCUGCUCGGACUCUGUGCGUUUAUUUGCGCUACAAUCGCAAACAGGAGCAGAGACAUGAGGUCAUUCAGAAGCUGAUUGAACAACUGGGCCAAGGAAAAAGUUACUGGAACAGACUUCGUUUUUUAGAUACUUGUGAAUUCAUUAUGGAACUGUUUUCAAAAUCAUUCUUCUGUAAAUACUUCUUUUUACCUGUGCUUGAACUUACGCAUGACCCAGUGGCAAAUGUCAGAAUGAAGCUAUGCUGUUUGUUGCCAAAAGUCAAAUCUACUCUGAAGAUUCCCACUGAUAAACAUUUACUUCAGCAGUUGGAAUUAUGUAUAAGGAAGCUUCUGUGUCAAGAGAAAGACAAAGAUGUCCUGAGUAUUGUGAAAAGAACGGUGUUAGAAUUGGACAGAAUGGAGAUCUCUGUAGAUGCUUUUCAGAAAAGGUUUUAUGAAAGUGAUUUAUUGGAUCAAGAAAGAGAGAGACAAGAACAUCUCCUUUUGGAAAUGGAACAAUUAGAAAAAGAGAAGCAGAAAAAUGAAGGAAGAUCAACAAAUAUUAAUGAUAAAAUGUUUGAAAAGAAGCGUAGAGACAGUAAAACAUCAUCAGUGUUGGCAAAAAGUAUCAAUCUCUCUUUUUCUGGAAGCUCUUCUGGUACAUCAGCAGGCAAAGAAGAAAAAAAAUCCAAGCUGGUUCGAAGCCAAUCUUUCAGUACUCAAGUACUGCAUCCAAAAUACAGCAACAUAGACAAGUGUCCUAAUAAAAGUUCUGCUACAGGAUAUACAUCUUCAGUAUCAGGAAUGGGAAAGAGUUGUAUGUUAUCCUUUUGUGAUGAUUCCUUCCGUUCCCAUUCUGCUGGCAAUAGUGGGAAUGCUGCCUUCCCUUCUAGCUCUUCUUGCAGCCUCUUUAACUCAGCUGACCAAAAGAACAAUGGGAAUAAGGAGAGUCACACCCGAAGGAUGAGCAUAAAAAACAGAAAAUCAAACUCCUAGAUCAUCUGACAGAAAAAAUGAGGGAACCAGAGACUGGAGGAAGCAACAUUCUGGUGGGAUAAGGUGGAGCAGCAGAUGGGACUCUCUAAUGCCUGGACUGAAUAAAAUGCAUCCUGCAAUGUUAAAAAUUUAAAAUAAAUACUUAAAAUGCAAUUUAAAGCUGUAAAAUAUGUUCUGAUAAACAAUGUAAUGGUUGCAGAAUUGUUGCAGAAUUCUAACACUGUAGUGAAAUGAUAUGAAAUAUAUCUUCAGCUAUGUGCUCUUAACUGCUGCAGCUAAGGAGAAGAUUUUGUUUUCUUCAGUUAUGCCUUUGUAGCUUGAAGUCUUGGAUUUAGAAUGCAUAUACCCAUUAUUUAAUUGGCUUAUUUACAAUCUUAGCAGCUCUUAGUUCCUGUAUUUUAAGCAAGAAAUAGAAGGAAUUGUUAUGAAUAUUAAAAAGUAAUCCCACAUUUUAAAGAAUCUGCAAACCUAAUUUAAGACCAAAGUCCAGAACCAUUGAUCAGUCUAUAUAAAAACAUAGACUUUUGAAGCAUUGUGCUGUGAAUUUGGAAUUAAUGUUUUUACAAGUACUAAGUUCAUAAAAAUUCUGUGUAAGUUUCAAAGCAAUCUAAAAGAAAAUGUCUCUAAAUGAUGUAAAAAAAAGUUUUAUUCCGUAAGCUUUGUUGUAUAAAUACUUGUUUUAAUUUUAGUAUUUCAAAUUGUAUUUUCACUUUAAUAAUUUAUAAUAAUGAAUCUAGUUUUUAAUCAGCUGCUAUGGCAAGCUGUCAUGGUUCAGUGAUGUCAUCUGCAUUUGUUUGUAUUAAUGCUAAUGUUUCUAUCAAAAUUUAUGUGGAAAAACAUGCCAUCAUAUUUUGAAAAGUUCUAUUUAUGCCAAUACUUGGAGAGAGAUAUUAUGAAGCUAUUGUCAGCUUCUCUUUCAAAAUGGAAGCAGCAUAAAUAUAUUGGUAUCAGAAAUAUAUGGUUUUUAAAAUUUAUUGAUGUAUGAUAAAGAUGAUCUGGUCUGUGUAUGCAUAUGUGUGUGUGGUUACUUUUUAUAAUGUUAAAACAUGAAUGAUGAUUUACUCAAAAUAAAACAUAGGACAAUGCUGUA